CCCACAAGCACUUAAAAAUACACUGGGAACUAACAAACUGUGCAUAAUUGGACAGAGUCAGCUUUUAGAGGUUACGCCCAAGUGAUAAGACUUUGUGAACAGCGCUCAAUGCACAAAGUACGCAGGUUUUCGACCAUUUCGAUGCUGUUGGUGCUGUUGUUGGUGCUCUGUGUUUUGUGCUUCCUCUGUGUUCGAUCGCUUCCCCUCUUUGAGAGCGCCUCGGCGUGCAGUGCCAUUGAUGAGUGCGAUCUGUUCGAGCCAAUUUGUGCAGCCUACAACAACGAGCACCAGUUUUUCUACAGCCACUGCGAUAUGUUGCGCGAAAUUUGUCUGACGGGGAAAGAAUGGCAGUAUGAUUACUUUAGUCAUUGUAAUGUGAGCUAAGUGUGCAAAACCACGAUUCCCCACCUCCGCCGCACGCGUAUCGUAGAUUCAUUCGUGGCUGAGAGCGCGCUUAUUGAUGACUCAUCCAAAAGCAAACAACAAGACUGACAUAAAUACACGCGAGUAAUUUGUUACUCAGUGUGUUUUCUUAAGAAAUCGAUCUGCUACAUAUAUUAUUAUGUGAACUUUUUUAUUAUCUUUGCGACGAGCCGCUUUGAUAUGACGUACAAUCCCAAAGAGUGCAUCUUGCAACACGAAAGAAAUGAA